AUGAACGCUCACCCACAGGGCGUCCCUGAGAAGCCCUCGGGCGGUCAUGGUCAUGCUGAUCACCCGGCUGACGUUCUGGGACAACAACCGCCGGCGUCCAGCUUUCACCUCAACACCAUCCCGUAUGCUAUUUCCGAUGGAUUAGCAAGCCUCAAGCUUCUCGUCUGUCCCGGCUGCCUCACACGCUGGGAGCAGCCCGAAGGUUCGGGCUACCAGGCACUACCUCAGUGCAACCCAUGCGACUACGCCACCAACAAACCGUACGUGGCCGAGAAACCACCUUCUGCUCAGUUACCGGGUUCGGGGUCAUACAUGCCUGCCAGCAUCAUCUCGCAUCAAUCGUCGUCGUUUGCCAGUGAACCCACUGUGACCCGGGAGUUUGUGCCCAAUUACCCGCCUCUGCCCGAGACCAGUCCGUUAACCGCGGACGCUACCACGGGGCAAGACUCCAUAUUCUUCCCGGCGCACACGUCCGUGGCAACUGCGGACUUUUAUAGUCACCAACCCACAGUAUCUCAGGUGUCUACCCAAAGCCAAGCCCGCGACGGUUUCUACGGGCACGAACAACUGGCCUCCGAUCACGUGACAUCCAUUUCAUACCCCAAUGGAUCGACGACCGGUGUGAGCAGACAGACUCAACUAUCGACAGGGCAGACGCGGUUUAUCUCGGCAUAUCCCUUGACUGACUCGGGCUUCAAGCGGGAUCCAACAGAGUCGCAGGGUCCAUCUCCUGUGUCGAAGCUCGACGUGGUCUUCCCCAACCAGAAACCGCCUGCAGCAAGGCGCGGUCCAUUUAAAGACCCGGAGAAACGGGAGCAAACUGCGCAGACCAGGCGCAUUGGCUCCUGCAUUCGGUGCAGAAUGCAACGCAUCCGCUGCCAGAGCAACCCGAAAACUCCGGACGGACCCUGUCUAACAUGCACAGGAAAGCAACCCUCCAAAGUCUGGAGGAUCCCGUGCCUUCGUGUCAAGCUGACGGAUGUGAGACUCUUCAAACCGGGACAAGUGCAUGGCUAUGAGUGGACCCAACGCUGGAAAGACAGUAUCGUCGAUAACAUUGCCAACUGGGCGUCGCCCGAGGAGAAAUGGAUCAAGCUGUCCGAGGGCCUGACGCCCACGUCGGUCGAACUCCGCGUCAGGAAGUUCAUCCCACAGGACGGCGACAGGCUGGAGAGAUCCUGGGUGCACCAAGGGGUCAGAUGCUCCGUCCCUAUUCCUCCCUACGCCAUUAUCGAUCUAGGCGAAGCUCAGGAAGCCUAUUCGGAGUACAUCAGGUCAGCCGUCGGCAGCAUGUUUGUCAGCGUCAUCGACUCGGUGAUUGGGACCGAACGAAACCUGCUGUGGCGGACGUAUCACCUUGCGUGGAUGCUCUCCCGGCACCCCAACGCCGAGAAGGACGAGAGGGAACUCCUUCGCAAGGCGCUCGAGCUGUGGAUGGCCAUCCGUCUGACCACAAGGUCGACGGUCAUUGUGGGAGAGGAGACGCUCGGGAUGGAUCGUAACAUUAUGGACAAGACAAGUCCGCAGCACGGCAAGAUACCGCUUCCGCCGGUGAUGGGCGCUCAGAUAGAUAUGAUCCUGAUCACGCACAUCCAGUCGAGGCUUCGUCGCGAGAUGCUGGACAUGCUCCAGAAGAUGACGCAGGCGACCAAGCAGAAGACGUGGCUGACGACGUAUUUGGUCACAUUCAUCCUCUUGCACAACAUUGCCCUGAUUACGGACCACGAUGCUCGAUAUGCGAAGAAACACGGGAUGAAGAGGCGAUGGGCACGCGACGAGGAAGUAAAAGAAUACAUUUUUGGGGCGGUCAUACUUCUCUCCUACUUCCACUACUGCAACAAGGGUGUCUUCCCCUUCACGGAUCAAUGUCGAGACCAAGAUCUGCAAGGACUGGCAGAGCUAAACGAGAAUGAAAUGCACUUUGUGCAUCAAACGAGAAUAUGGGCCACGGCCCACAGUGAGUCCUCCCCCGCCCAUCCCUUGUAG